AUGCAGUAUCUAUAUCGCAUGUUAGGUCCACUCACUGCACCUAUAGCGGCACAGGAUAUAGUGUGGUUUAUCAGCCUCGAGCUGCGUACGGAACAUGUAAAGGAGAUGGAUGAAUUUAUACGAAAAACGGAUGAGGUAUUUUUCGCGACGCAGACCGUAGUGACCAACAAUAGUAAUAUGAGAGUUAUACGUUCUCCAGUCAAACGAAUUCAUAUCAGCAUUGUAUUUACGAUUGGUAUUAAGGAUCCCAUAAUGGAGGUUUACCGAAAGGUCCUAACCGGCCGACACUUCUAUUUCUCCGUGAUCAUACUGGUCGAUAAGAUAGGCGACAUGCAGCCUGUCUACGAUGUCUGUCGAUUUUUAUACGACUAUCAAUUUGUGAACACUCUACUCUACUUUCAGCUUACUGAUGGUACUAAUCACAUAUUUGGCGUAAGGAAGUACCCGGAAAUGUUUUUUGAAAACCGUACCGAUAUUUUUGCUUUUUUCCGUCGUUCAUUCAAAGAACUGAACAGCGGCACAAAUGUUGGUGGUUUCCGUUUUCCCACCCCACUUCGUCAAGAUCUGCCUCAUCUGUUUAAAUUUCGAAGGCGCGGAAUUGGCAUGCACUAUGAGGGCACCACCUAUAACAUCAUUGCCACCUUUAUGCAGCAUCUCAAUGGCAGUUUUAAGGAGCUCCCAAUGCCACCGGAUGAGCUGGGCGGGGAGGUCGUGAAUAUGAAACAGGUGCUUCAGCUGGUACGGGAGCGCAAAGUUGAAUUUUCUGCCCACGCAUACGCACUUUUUCGGGCAGACGAUGAGCUGGAGAAGAGCUACCCCCUCCUCGUCGUACAAUGGUGUCUCAUGGUGCCACUGUAUAACAGUGUUUCUACUUACUUAUAUCCACUGCAGCCGUUCUCUUGGAUCGUCUGGUUAUUUGUUGUGGGUGCAUUCGUAUCUCUGGUCCUGCUGGAGCUGCUAUGGCACCACCUUUUUAGAACUGGAAGCCGCCAUUCUGCUCUUCUGAACUCCUUCUGCUACAUCAUCAAUGUGACCGCUACAAAUCAACUUCAGAGACCCACACCGUUGCGUUUUCUUCUGCUCCUGACGGUUUUCUUUCAUGGGUUCUUUCUGUCGGUCAAUUAUACAUCUACAUUGGGCAGCAUCUUGACUGUGAAUCUUUUUCAUGCUCAACUCAACACUCUGGAGGAUAUCGUUCGAGCUAAGCUGCCUGUGAUGAUCAUCGAUUAUGAGCUUGAGUUUCUGUUGAGUGAGAACAAAGAGCUGCCAGAUGAUUUUCGGGAUCUAUUGUUGCCGGUGGACAGUGCCACGUUUGUACAUCAUCAGAGUGGUUUCAAUAGCUCCUAUGGUUACUUUGUCACCGACGACCAUUGGCAUUUUCUGGACCAACAACAGAAGCAUUUGAAGCAGCAACGCUUCAAGUUGAGCAACAUAUGCUUUGGAUCCUACCAUCUGGCCUAUCCAAUUGUAGUAGAUUCAAGUCUGUGGCGCGAUCUGGAGUACUAUACCUUUCGUUCACAUUCAUCGGGAUUGCUUUAUUACUAUGAACGCGCCAGCUUUGAAAGCGCCGUACGUGCUCGGUUUGUGGAGCGCUUACAGGAACAUAAUGAAUAUGAAUCGGCUGGUAUUCAGCAUUUGGCCAUAGCUUUUAUAUGUCUGUUAAUCAUGAAUUGUUUGGCAGCUCUGAUAUUAGUCUUGGAAAUUAUGUUUAUGCGGCGUACUUUUGCCAUACAGGCUAUUGCAAUUCCAUAA